AUGAAGCCCCUCGUCGGCCUGGCGGUGCUUGUCCCGCAGACCCUGGCCAGCUACGCCUUCUACGUCGGCAAGAACCUCACGCGGGACGGGAGCGUCCUCGUCGGCGGCACGGGCGAGGAGGUGUCGAGCCACUGGCUGCAGCUGUUCCCUGCGGCGGACCACGCCCCGAAUGAAACCGUCACGGUUGGCGUCACUGGAGGGGCAAACAUCCCCGGGGAGCUGAUGCGCAUCCCGCAGGUGAAACACACAUUUCGGUACCUCAGCAUGGAGUAUUCCGACUACAUGGGCUUCCCGGCGCCCCUGACCAACGGCGGCCUGAACGAGAAGGGAGUCGCCGUCAGGGACGUGUGGGCUACCAACCGCGCAGAGCUGAUCCGCAUGACGCCCACUCCGCAGCGCGGCGUGCAGUACAGCGACAUGGCGAGGCUGGUCAUGGAGCGCGCGAGCACUGCCCGCGAGGGAGUCGAGCUGAUCCGGGACCUCAUCAGGGACCACGGCGAGGCCACCUACGGCGGGAACACGCACCUCAUUGCCGACAAGGACGAGGGGUGGGUGGUUUGGGAACUCGCCGGCGGCAGGGGGCUCUGGGCGGCCGAGAGACUGGGCGCCUCGCAGGUCCGCGCCCUGUACCCCGGCUACAUUGGGGACUUUCCGGUCGACUUUGCCAACAGCAGCGAUUUCAUGGGCUCGGACAAUAUCGUCACGUUUGCCGUCGAGCAGGGGUGGUGGAGGCCGGGUUCCGGCGAGCCCUUCAACAUCUUCAAGGUGUACGGCCCCCAGGGCCCCGGGUACACGGAGCGCGACGGAGGCUUCAAGUACAUGUCGCAGGCGGCUCUGGAAAACGCCACGCUGGCCAUGGCGCCCGUGUCCGAGGCAGGCCUCAUGGAGAGGGUGCGCGAUCACCGCAUCGCAGACGACGAGGCCGGCUACGGGCAGGUUGUUUCCCUGCGCGAGGGCGUCGACCCGGACAUGCUGAGGGUCUGGAUCGCACCCACGGGCUCCGUCGCAUCGCCCUUCAUCCCCUGGUGGCUCGGCGGCCAGUCCGUCCCCCCCGAGUUUGGCCAGCACCGCUACCUCACGACCGGCGCGUCGAGUAGUUUCCUCGCGCCCGACUUCCAGCUCCAAGAGGCCUCUCGGUUUGCGGGGCGCAUAUUCAAGCGCGUCCUGUACUACAUGUGUAGCGCGCCGGCGCUCUUCUUCCCCAUUGUGACGGAUGCACUGACUGCCUUUGAGAGCGAGUCCGCCAGGGACCUCGAGUGGGUGGAGAGAAGCGCAGAGACGCUCAUUGCGAGUGGUGAGAGGGAUUCGGCAAGGCGAUUAAUGACGUAUUAUUCGCAUUCGAGGGCUGCCAAGGCCCUCGACAUGGGCAACACCAUGAACGAUGCGCUGGACAUGUAUAUCAAGUUGCGGGGGUUGUGGAGGGAUCCCGUGGGCAAGGACAUUAAUGACGCUGGCGAGGGGGCCGAGACGGUCAAUUGCCUGGUCGGGUUCAAUCCUGAUCGGCCGGCCAAUCAGCAGGUGGUCCCCGGGAGUGGUAGGUUUGUAGUCCAGGAUCGCUUUUGA